GUAUGGACAGCGGUCCAGCAUUCGAUCGCAAGCAAACAGCGAUAUCGGAUCUCCUUUACCUUUUUCACUGGAAGUAAGGACACUAGAAACAAACAGCUAAGAUGCCAGUUGAUCUGAAUGGGUAUUGGAAAAUGAUCUCCAAUGACAACUUUGAGGAGUACAUGAAAGCCCUCGAUGUAAAUGUUGCCAUUAGGAAAAUUGCCAACUUGUUGAAGACCGACAAAGACAUCAGUGUUGAUGGUGACCACAUGGUCAUCAAGACCCUCAGUACCUUUAAGAACUACAACAUGGAUUUCCACGUUGGCAAGGAGUUUGAGGAGGAUCUGUCAGGGGUGGAUGACAGAAAAUGCAUGACCACUGUCUCAUGGGAGGGGGACAAGCUGGUGUGUGUUCAGAAGGGAGAGAAGGAGGGCCGAGGCUGGACCCAUUGGGUGGAGGGAAAUAUGCUUUAUUUGGAGCUGAGAGUUUGUGGAGUUGUGUGCAAGCAGGCUUUCCAGAAAACCUAAACCAGCACUGGAACAACAGAACGGCGCACCCGACCUGAGAGCUCAAGACAGACAUGAACAUUGCCCGAGCCUGUGACAGAGAACCCCCUAUUGCAAUCUUCCGUCUUCCCAUCCAUCCAUUCAUCCUUCCUUAUUUCCAUCCAUCCUUUUACAUUUAAUUCCAUCAAGACUGUUGCCUUGCCCCCCUCAAACUAUCCACAACAGGGGUGAUGUAACAAAAAGGAAAACAACUGUUCAUCACUGUACUGUAACUCUGUCUCAUGUUAUAUGUGUGUGUACGCAUUUGCACUGUGGUAGUUGUGGUAAGCUUUGUGAUUAGUGCCUCAAUCUCUGAUAAUGCACUGGACUGAUAACUGGGGGUGAACUUGACCAGUACGAAGGAAGGUUUCAAUGUAAAGUCAACUAAUAUUUAGGCCAAUAUUAAUUCAAACACACACAUUUUAGGAUGCAUAAAGAAAUGACAAAUCUGUAUAGAAAAGAGUGAAGUAAAGAAUACAAAUAAAUGUAAGAAGAUGCAGUGAUCACGUAACCAGGAAAACUGAAGAAGAUGCAGUGAUCACGUAACCAGGAAAACUGGAGAAGAUGCAGUGAUCACGUAACCAGGAAAACUGGAGAAGAUGCAGUGAUCACGUAGCCAGGAAAACUAGAUCUGAAAAAGACAAGUGGAUUGUU